UUUUAACGUCGGAUACGAUGUCGUGACAUUGCGCGAAGCAACGAAUUAAAAGACGCGUAGGCGCUAACGUGAUAGUGUUGAAGACGUUGCAUAUAGCGUUAUUUUGGUUAAUGAUUUUACAAAAGUUGGUCGUUGGUUGUAUUAAAUUUAAUUUACUAUUUGAAGGGGAUAUUCUAAAGUUUAGCCGAUCUCGUUCUUGUAGUCACUUUCGAUUUUAUUAGCUGCUGUUGUAGUUUGUGGUUGAAAAUUGAUGUGUGUUAACCAUGGCUUCAAAAACGAUGCUGUUAUGUUAUUUUACAUUUUUAACUUUUUUCAUGCAAACUUAUGGACUUCAUAACAUCAAGACAAACGAGGAUUUGGAAUCUUUCAAGAAGGAUAAAGCACCUUCUGCAAUAUUCUUUUACCAUCAGAGAAAUGAAAAUGAACCUUUAAAAAGUAGACUCAUCCAAGUUGCAGAAGAAGCAGAAGAGCGAAUGAUUGAUCACGGGCAUAAUUACAUAAAGCUGGGAAUGAUGAACUGUUUCGGGGAAGGUAUCAGUAAAAAAGAUGUUGCUGAAUGUCAAAAGCAUAGAAGGUCAUUUUACAUUUACAGUGGAAAAAGAACAGAACGAUUUGACUUAAGAACACUUUAUGAUUAUGAAUCAUUUAUGGCAAAUUUGUUAAAUUUUGUAUAUGACGAAAAACUAGGACUAGCCCUAGAUGAAGAGGACCUGGAAAGAGAGCAAACGCUGGAAAAGGGAAAAAGAGAUAUCAUUCUAAUGUAUGUAAACGCCGUAGGAAGCCCAGCACAUUACAGCUUUGUGAGUGUUGCAGCAAUGUACAUCAACGAGUACAAAUUUGUAUACAGUACUGAUGAAAACUUUGCCAGAAAGUUAGGCAUGACUAAAGGUAAACAUUUUGGUUUGUGGUAUGUAAAUUGCACUCAGUUGGUAGCUGAAUCUGAAAAGCCUUGUCCAAGAGUUCCCUAUAAAGGAGAAAAGAUUGACACAAGCUCAAUUAUAAGUUUUGUGCGACUUUCUGGAUUGCCAAUAUUGUCUGAAAUUAACAAUGAUGGUAGUUCAGUGUACCGAGAUGUCAAUCGACUGUUCCUUCUUGUUGAUAACGAUGAAAGCAAAAAGGAUUUAUCAACAACAGUAGAGAGAGUGAUUGACAACACAACAAGACGUGGAGUUAGUUUGCGAGGAGUUGUUGUUGACAAACGAAAGCAUGCAAAUCUGUUGCCAAUGUUUGGAAUAUAUGAUGCAUCUGUCCUUCCGACUGUUAUUCUAGAGAUUGCAGAUGGACGACAUUCCCCGAAUAGAGAACUUGAACAGUUUACUCCUGACAUCGAUCUAACAGAAGAAAAUAUUAACAACUUUGUAUACAGUAUGGUGGAAGAUAAUGAUAAUACAUGUGGGACAAGAGCGGGACUUUAUGACAUAACAUACACAAAAUUGAGUGACUGGAAAGAUAUUAAAAACUCCAGUGGGAGAGCUAUCUCUGUGGCUUGUUCGACAGAUGGCGACUACAAAAUGGAAUGCCAUCAUUUCAAAGCUGCAUACAGGCGUUUAAUUCGCUCACUGUAUGAAAGUGACAUUACCGACUUUGAUUUUUAUUACGUUGAUUUUACAGGAAAACCAAAAUCUUCAAAAAUUUACAAAAUUCCCAUGAUGAAGUUACAUUUACCUGGAAAAGAUGGAAUUCCUUUCGACACAACCGCAGGGCGUGGUUAUGUCAGAAUUUUAGAAUGGCUCAACAAGCAACUAGGACUUGAUGUGCCUAGAUAUCCAGCUUCUUGUAGUGAUUUUGUACCAAUACCAUCCAAACAGAUCGAUGUCAAUAAAGGUUCUUUUGACGCUGAGAAGGACUUACAACAUUUGCAAGAUGAUGAAAUCUCCAACGAUGCUGCACGUGUUAAAAGCCCUCAAAAUAACGUCGAAAUGCUUAAAGACAGCACUUUUCACACUGCACUCUCAUCAGCUGAACUUCUUGUCGUAUUUUUCUACGUCGGUUGGGAUCACCGAAGUUAUUUAUUUCAAACAGUGUACGCAGAUGUUCACAAGACAAUAGGACUUGAUACACCUGGCAGUACUAUCUCUACAAAAUUGAGCAAAGUCGAUUGUUUCGCAGAACAAAAAACAUGUUCCGAACAGCAAGUUUUUACUUUCCCAAUGAUUAAAGUAUACAGGAACGGUAAAUAUGCAGCAGAUUACAAUGGAAUGUUGGACAAAGAAAAUUUAAUCAAGACUAUACGACUUUACCAACUCCCUACGUUGAUCAAACUUGACAAGCAUUCAGUAGUGAGAUACACACAAGGAAAGGAGCCAUUACCUGCUGCAGCGUUUGUUGAUGUUUCUAUCCUGGGUUGGUUCAAUGAUGUUACUGAUAAAGAAUAUAAAGUAUUUGAAAAAGUUGCGUACAAAAAUUACGGUCGAGCUUUAUUUGGAGUUGUGGUCGGUGGCGAAAUCGGAACAUCGCUGGAUAAACAAGCUACGACACCAUACAUCCAAGCCUUUUUACGAAAUGAUGAAUACAGGACGAAAGUUUUGUUUUCGCAAGAUUAUAAAGAUUAUAAAGAAGAAAAGUUGGAAAGAUUUUUAAACCAAGUUUUUGUACCUGAAUUUGGAGAACUAACGCCUCGUAAUUUUCCAUUGUUUCGAUCGUUGGGACAGCCUUUAUUAAUUUUCUUUACAAGAGCAGACAAGCGAGAAGUAAGCAUUAAAUGGCGCUCCAUAAGCAAGAUUACAGAAACAGGAGGUUAUAAUAUUAAAUCCGCUUGGAUGAAUUUGGACCUAUCUUCCACACAAAACAUUCGAAGAAGUUAUCUUGGCACACGAAAAGGAAAACAAUCGGAUGUUGUCAUCGUGGAUCAUCAUAAGAAUGAAGUAUACCUUUACAGUGGACCUAUGAAAUCAGUAGAAGUUGAAGUGGCGGGAUUGACGAAAUGGUUAACUGAUUUUACUGAUGGAAAGCUUAAUGCUACAUCUUAUUUGAGCAAGCAAAACUGGAAACCAAAACAAGAGGGGUUCGACUUCUUGCAUUUUAUUGAAUUUGGGCAUCCGGACGAUAAUGAUGGUGCUGAAGAUGACGAUAGCCACAGUGAAGGAGAGUUUCAAGAUCAUUCUGAUACCAGUACUACUGGAACUAGUUUUCAUGGUGUCAAAACACCAAGACGAAGUCCAACUGCGGAAGGAACAGAAGAAAAUGAAGAAGAACAUACCCAGGAAUAUGAUGAUGUUGUACCAGAAGAGAACGCACAAGAGAAUGUGGAAUCCAACUAUAUAAAGCAUGUGGAAUUGUAAAUUCACUUUACACAAACUUUGACGGAUUUUAAAUGUAUACGAGUUUGUCGUAGGGUUUGUAUGUAUGUGUCUAGAUGUUUUUUAUAGAACAAUUUUUAGGAAAUUAUAUUUGUUUAGUUAAGUUUGGUUUUUAAUAAAUUGUGUAAUUGUGGUGAAAUUGUUGUAAGGACAGAAAAAAUUAUAUCUCUACAACAUCUCAACAACAACAUCUCCACAACAACAUUUUAACAACUACAUCUCCACAACAACAUUUUAACAACUACAUCUCAACAACAACAUCUCAGCAACAACAUCUCAACAAGAACUUCUGCACAUCAACAUCUCAACAACAACAUCUCAACAACAACAUCUCGACAACAACGACAUCUCUACAACAACAUCUCCACAACAACAUCUCAACAAAAACAUGUCCACAACAACAUCCCAACAACAACAUUUUAACGACAACAUCCCAACAACAACAUUUUAACGACAACAUCUCAGCAGCAACAUCUCAACGACAACAUAUCAACAGCAACAUCUCUACAACAACAACUCUACAACAACAACUCUACAACAACAACUUAACAACAACAUCUCCACAACAACAUUUCAACAAAAACUUCUCCACAACAACAUCUCAACAAUAACAGUUACUCGGCAGUUACUCAACAAAACAAUUUAAUAAUAUUAAAAACCAGCUUUAGAAUUGCAUUUUUUUGUAUUUAUUCAAUUUUGAGAUGUAUUUAUCCAGGUUAAUAUUUUUUAUGAUGAUUUCAGCAACUAGGAAAACGUGUGUUUGCACGUACAGCACACCAUGUUAUAUAUUUUUGUAUUUGCAAUUUAAUAUUUUAAUUACAGAACGUUACAUGCAA